ACGGGCCCCAGGUCAUAUAAAGCGAUCAAAUCUCAAUUUGGACAAACCCGCUCUGUUCACGUGAAUUAGUUUUAUGAUCUAUUUAUUAACUUUUUGUGUAACGUUAGCUGUCAAUGGAGGGACAGAAAGCUCUCAGAUCAACAAACGAUCUUCAAUUGUGUUCCGUAGGUUUGGAAUGACAUGAGGCGGAAGUUUUGUUCUCGCACUUCCCGGAAGUUCUCCCCAACUGUUUUCGCUGCCAGAGGGGAUCUGUGUGCAAAAAUGGCGACGUCUCGUCGCACUACCCAGCAGCAACAACAACAAAACUUAUCCUCCCCACCAAGACCCGACUCCAGUCCCCUCACGCCUCUGCAAUCACCCACCGACACCGGCUGCCUUGCAGUUGGUGGGGAGCCGGAGAGCAUCAGGGAACCGGAGAUCACUGCAGAUAUUCCCGCUCCGCUCCUCAGCACUAGCAGCAGCAGCUCCGGCUCGAGCAGCACUAGCUCGUCUACCACCGGCGGGGGCAGUAGUGCGGGCUCCACUCCCGACUCCGGUAGUACCAGUCCUGGAGGCAGUGGUUGUGGGACGAGUGGGGCUUUCAGGGAGCUGUUUGAGGCCUGCAGGAAUGGGGACGUGUCCCGGGUGAAGAAACUGGUUGAUUCGGUCAAUGUAAACGCUAAGGACAUGGCUGGGCGCAAGUCCACCCCACUUCACUUCGCUGCAGGUUUUGGAAGGAAAGAUGUUGUGGAGCAUCUCCUGCAGGCGGGGGCAAACGUACACGCGCGAGACGACGGAGGAUUGAUCCCGCUGCACAACGCCUGUUCCUUCGGUCACGCUGAAGUGGUCAGCUUGCUGCUCUGUCAGGGAGCCGAUUCCAACUCCAGAGACAACUGGAAUUACACUCCGCUCCAUGAAGCUGCCAUUAAGGGCAAAAUUGACGUAUGCAUUGUUCUGCUCCAGCACGGCGCCGAUCCCAACAUCCGCAACACCGACGGCAAGUCUGCCCUGGACCUGGCUGACCCGUCCGCUAAAGCUGUUCUCACCGGUGAAUACAAGAAGGACGAACUCUUGGAAGCUGCGAGGAGCGGAAAUGAAGAGAAGCUCAUGGCCCUGCUAACGCCAUUAAACGUCAACUGCCACGCCAGCGAUGGCCGUAAGUCGACAUCUCAAAAAAUGCUGUCCACUCCUUUGCAUCUGGCAGCCGGAUACAACAGAGUUCGAAUCGUUCAACUUCUCCUACAACAUGGCGCAGAUGUUCACGCUAAAGACAAAGGUGGUCUUGUUCCUCUGCACAACGCCUGUUCAUAUGGACACUAUGAGGUUACAGAGCUACUGCUGAAGCAUGGGGCGUGCGUCAAUGCCAUGGACCUCUGGCAGUUCACCCCUUUGCACGAGGCUGCCUCCAAGAAUCGCGUGGAGGUUUGUUCCCUGUUGCUGAGUCACGGAGCCGACCCCACGCUAGUCAACUGCCAUGGGAAGAGUGCGGUGGACAUGGCCCCGACCCCUGAACUCAAAGAGAGGCUCACAUACGAGUUUAAGGGCCACUCUCUUCUUCAGGCGGCACGGGAAGCAGACAUGACCAAGGUGAAGAAGAGCCUAGCUUUAGAGAUCAUCAACUUCAAGCACCCACAGACGCACGAGACGGCACUGCACUGUACGGUAGCUUCGCCUCACCCCAAACGAAAACAGGUCACUGAACUGCUGCUACGGAAAGGAGCCAAUGUCAAUGAGAAGAACAAAGACUUCAUGACACCUCUCCAUGUGGCAGCAGAACGGGCGCACAACGACAUCAUGGAGGUCCUGCAGAAACACGGGGCGAAGAUGAAUGCUGUUGACACUCUGGGUCAGACGGCGUUGCACCGGGCGGCUCUGGCUGGACACUUGCAGACUUGUAGGAUGCUGUUGACUUAUGGAGCUGACCCCACCAUCGUCUCUCUGCAGGGAUUUACAGCUGCACAGAUGGGCAAUGAAGCUGUACAGCAGAUCCUCAAUGAAAACAUUCCAGUGAGGAACUCAGAUGUGGAUUAUAGACUCUUAGAAGCAGCAAAAGCAGGAGACUUGGACACUGUGAAGCAACUUUGCUCCCCUCAGAAUGUGAACUGUCGAGACCUGGAGGGUCGUCACUCCACGCCGCUCCACUUUGCCGCUGGCUACAACCGCGUGGCCGUGGUCGAGUACCUCCUGCACCACGGCGCUGAUGUCCACGCCAAAGACAAAGGAGGUUUGGUGCCGCUACAUAACGCCUGCUCGUAUGGCCAUUACGAAGUGGCAGAGCUGCUGGUUAGACACGGUGCGUCGGUCAACGUGGCAGACCUGUGGAAGUUCACCCCGCUGCACGAGGCCGCGGCCAAGGGCAAAUACGAGAUCUGCAAACUGCUUCUGAAGCAUGGAGCAGACCCCACCAAGAAGAAUCGGGAUGGAAACACUCCAUUGGACAUGGUGAAGGAAGGAGACACGGAUAUCCAGGACUUGCUUAGAGGAGAUGCAGCGCUUUUGGAUGCCGCCAAGAAAGGCUGCCUGGCCCGGGUCCAGAAACUGUGCAGCUUGGAGAACAUCAACUGCAGAGACACACAGGGACGCAACUCGACUCCGCUGCACCUGGCAGCUGGCUAUAACAAUCUGGAGGUAGCGGAGUAUUUACUUGAGCAUGGGGCGGAUGUCAACGCGCAGGACAAAGGUGGCCUUAUCCCCCUCCACAACGCAGCCUCGUAUGGGCAUGUGGAUAUCGCAGCCUUGCUGAUCAAAUUCAACACCUGUGUAAAUGCCACUGAUAAAUGGGCCUUCACGCCCCUCCACGAGGCUGCACAGAAGGGCCGUACGCAGCUCUGCGCUCUCUUGCUGGCUCAUGGGGCCGACCCCACCAUGAAGAACCAGGAGGGACAGACGCCGCUGGACUUAGCGACGGCUGAUGAUAUCCGGGCGCUGCUGGUUGAUGCCAUGCCCCCUGAAGCGCUGCCUAGUUGUUUCAAGCCUCAGGCUACGGUGGUCAGUGCUUCUGUCAUCUCUCCAGCUUCCACACCUUCCUGCCUGUCCGCCGCCAGCAGCAUAGACAAUCUGGCCGGGCCCCUGGCAGAGCUGGCUGUACCUGGAGCCUCAGGCCCUGCUGAUGGGGCUACUGGAUCAGAGAGGAAGGAGGGAGAAAUUACAAUUCUGGAUAUGAACAUCAAUCAGUUCCUGAAGAGUUUGUGUUUGGAGCAUUUACGGGAUAUUUUUGAGCGGGAACAGAUUUCGCUCGAUGUGCUGGCUGACAUGGGGCACGAGGAGCUCAAGGAGAUCGGGAUCAACGCAUACGGGCACAGACACAAACUCAUCAAAGGCAUUGAGAGGCUGCUGGGCGGUCAACAAGGUGCCAACCCAUACCUGACAUUCCACUGUGCGAGUCAAGGCACGGUUCUGAUCGACCUGGCACCUGAUGAUAAAGAGUUUCAGUCAGUGGAGGAGGAGCUGCAAAGUACGAUCAGAGAGCACAGGGAUGGUGGCAAUGCGGGGGGUGUUUUCAGCAGGUACAACAUUCUGAAGAUUCAGAAGGUGGUGAACAAGAAGCUGAGGGAGCGAUACUCACACAGGCAGAAGGAGAUCGCAGACGAGAACCACAACCACCACAACGAGCGCAUGCUCUUUCACGGGUCACCAUUCAUCAACGCUAUCAUCCAUAAAGGGUUUGAUGAGAGGCACGCCUACAUAGGGGGGAUGUUUGGGGCAGGGAUCUACUUCGCAGAGAACUCCUCGAAAAGCAACCAGUAUGUGUAUGGCAUCGGAGGGGGAACGGGCUGCCCCACACAUAAAGACCGCUCCUGUUACAUCUGUCACAGGCAGAUGCUGUUUUGCCGGGUGACUUUGGGUAAAUCCUUCUUGCAAUUCAGUGCCAUGAAGAUGGCCCACGCUCCCCCAGGACACCAUUCCGUCAUCGGCCGACCCAGCGUCAACGGGCUAGCCUACGCCGAAUACGUCAUCUACCGAGGAGAACAGGCCUACCCAGAGUACCUCAUCACAUACCAGAUCAUCAAGCCAGACAGCACACCUCCUUCCCCAGCAGCGGCGGAGCAGAAGUCCUAGUCUACGCGGGUCCCAGAUCAGCGGCCCUGCAAAACACUAAGACUGUUACCCAGACACUUCACACACAUCCACAGACGCCUCCUCGCGUUCACUCACCCGUAAGCCUCUGCACUGCCUCUUUAAUUUGCAGUUAUGCUCCAUUUCUGUCCUCGUGAGUGUUUACAAGAAAGAGUUGCCUUGGCUGGCCGUGUCCUGGACAUCGGCCACAGUGUUGCUUCAGGGCUCAGUGAAAGAACUGCUCCAUGAAAGACAACAAGUGACCUCUUCCCUGUCAUUUUACGCAAUCCAACACUGUUCAAGCAUUAGCUUACUUUCUUCGAAACGGUUUUACAAGUACUGUGAUUAAUUACCAAUUUUAUUUCAUCAAAAUGAUUCACAAUAAAAGACCAUGUCUCAAGGGGAUCUGACAUUUCUGCAAUCCUCCUUUCCAUUAUUGAAGUUCACUAAAGACCCAGAAAAUCUCAUUGUUGUGUUUUGUUUAACUUUAUGCAUUGUGGUUUUAAAGAAAAGCCUUGGGUGGGUUUUAAAGCAAAAAGAAUGUUGAUGCAGAGACCAGAACUAUUCAAAAAGCCUUUGACCACAAAAUAGCAAAAUUUUUGUUGUUGUUUUUUGUUGUGUUUGUUUUUUGGUACACACUUUUUACAUAUCUUUGCACAGGAAUACUGGUCAGAAUGUCCCAUUCCAUUGUCAUAGCUUAAUCCGAAAAUGAAUCUUUAAAAAAAAAACAUGCACUUUUAAGCAGGACUUAAGUUAUUCCAAAAAAAAAAAAAAAAAGACAGGUUAAAUAAAAUUCCAGUAAUGUACAGGUUGUGUAAUGGACAAUGCCUUUGUAUAGCUUUUAAUGUUGUUUACUGAUUCAGAGUGGGUUUUAUUACUGUAGUACUGUAAAGGAAGUGGGAAUUUUUGCUUUCAGAUCUUUUCUUCAAUAUUUUCAGACGAGCGCGUGACUCCGCUUUGGAAGUCGUUCCUUUUGCUUUUGGCUUGUUUUGGAUCACAACCACGGGAAUUCCUAAAUCUUGUCCAUUCCAGUCCUGUUUCUCUGAGGUCAGAGAAACGCCCUCUUUUACGAGGGUGUCCGUAACAUUUUAACUGUUACACACUACUGAUAUCAGCAUUCAUUGUUAACAGAAUGAAAUGAAGGACGUGGUUCUACCUCUGGAAGUCUCAUGGUUUGGUUGCUUUGCUCAGGUGUAGUUUGUUGUUCUGGACUUGUAUACCAGAGGACAUCUGCCUUACUCUAGGACUCUCUGUGUUCAAUCCAGAUAGAGAGAGAGAGAGAGCAGACCUUUCUUCUCCUCUUAGUAGUACGAGCACAGACAUGGCCACUGCUCCCCUCAAGCCAAUAUGUCGGAGAUUAACUCCUGAACUAUUUCUCAAUUCUCUGAGCUGUAUUUUUACUUUAUUUCCAUCUUCCUGUGAAAUUUUAUCAGAAAUGACUUGUACCGUAAGCCAUCUGCGGAUUAAUCAAACACUCGAUCAUGUAAAAUGUCUUAAUAAAGUACAUGUCAUAAA